AUGCUACCGAUGCCCACCUAGGCAAACUUGCGACAACUCACCGGUCAGUAUCAUGCCAAUCCCCGGCAGCCCUUCGGUGGCCAACGACGUAAAGCAACGACACAUCUUCUGGAGCACGCGCGAUACAAGUUCGAUGUCAUGCCGGUACCCUCGGGACAGCUUCUCGGUUUUCCAGCAACCAUCGGUACCAUCGCUUCCAGCGAGAUGUGCACCUUUGGAGGCACGUGUCUAGAUCACGCGGUGCGUCCCGAGCAAGACAUUCGUUUGCGGUUCAACGCCGUGCAGCCCGAGCUGGCCCUUGGUGUUGGUGUGAGAAGUGCGCUCGAUUCGAGUAUGCGUUUCCGGGCGCAGCCGGACACGUUCGGCAUCAUUGGUGACGACUCGAUCACGGCCUCACCCGGCAGUGGACCGGAGAUCCUGAGCAAUCCGGCUGAGGUGGAAACCAUCCGGAACCUUCCCGGGCCUACCGAGCCCGGAUUUGGAGCGUUCGGUGCGGUGAAUGAUGCCAUUGGCAUGAACAUUACGCCGGCAUUAUCGCAGGUCCUUUUAGCGCCACCCGCGACCAGCGGUGACGGUGCGUCCAUCAUUGCGACCGUGAACGGUGCAGCCGACGACAACGGGACUCGUGGUGAGGAGAUAAAUUCCUUUUACUUUUAUCAGACUGAACAGUUGACGGUGUUAUGGGUGCUUUUUGCAGUGAUCGUGCUGGGAAACUCGGCUGUCCUCGUAACAUUAAUGCUCAACCGUACACGCAAGUCACGAAUGAAUUUCUUCAUCAAACAGCUCGCUAUCGCCGAUCUUUGCGUUGGGCUGCUGAACGUUCCAACGGACAUCAGUGGGCGUAUAACGGUUGUGUGGCGCGCCGGAAAUGCCGCCUGCAAGGCCAUCCGCUUCGUCCAGGUAUGCAUCACCUACGCUUCCACGUACGUCCUGGUGGCUCUCAGCAUCGACCGAUACGACGCCAUCACGCAUCCGAUGAAUUUUUCCGGCUGUUGGAGCCGGGCUCGCAAGCUGGUGGCAGCUGCAUGGAGCUUCAGCAUCCUUUUCUCCCUACCGAUAACGUACUUGUACGAGGAGCGACUAAUAGAGGGAAAAAUGCAGUGCUGGAUCGAUCUGGUUGAGGCGUGGCGAUGGCAGCUGUACAUGUGCUGGGUUUGCGGAUCACUGUUCGUCAUCCCGGCGUUAAUCAUUUCCGCCUGUUACGCAAUUAUCGUGCGCACGAUCUGGGCGAAAGGAACCAUCCUCGGUCCGAUCGAUCGAACACACAACGGUAUGGCCGAUUUGGCGAGUCGACGGGCCAGUUCUCGGGGAAUCAUCCCACGCGCUAAGGUGAAGACAGUCAAGAUGACGAUCGUGAUCGUGAUCGUGUUCGUGCUGUGCUGGUCACCGUACAUCGUCUUCGAUCUGCUGCAGGUGUUCGAGCAGAUCCCAAGGACACAAAGGAACAUCGCCAUCGCAUCGUUCGUCCAGAGCCUAGCUCCACUCAAUUCUGCCGCUAACCCGCUCAUUUACUGUCUCUUUUCCACCCAGAUGUGCCGAAUGAUAAAGAGAUUGCCACCGUUCCGUUGGCUGUGGUCCACCAAAUGGUGCUGCAGACCACAGGACUCUGGCACGAUGCCCGACGGCAACGGGACGGUGGUGAACGGGACGACACACACCCGGUUCCACAACCACAACAGCAGCGACUCGAUGCGCACACUAACGACCUCGCUGACCGUUUCCAGAAGGUCCUGUUUGCGGCCGGCCCGGGUCGUCAUCGUCGAGCGGCGCAAGACGGAGCUCGCAAUGUCCGAGGUGUAA